ACAGACACCAAAUAGAGUAUUGUGUAUUUUUGCUUUCUUUCUCGUUAUUAUUAUUUGAGUAGAUACUGGAGAAUGUCUUGCUUGCAAUCAAAAGCAUACCCGAUUUCAUAACUAAAACCUGUUAGCCGUUUAUUUACGCGAGAGAGGGAAGAGAGGAGAAGAGAAGCAGCAUAAGGAUUGAAUGAAGAUUUCAAAUUCCAAUUCAUCAGUUUGUUAUCAACUCUACAGACAACUCGGCUACUACUACUACUCCUCCCCCUCCUCCUCAACCAAUUCCAACCUCGUAACUUUGUUUAAUAAAUAUGUUGAUAAAACCAGCGUCUCCUCCUGGAACUCUGUCAUUGCCGAUUUGGCUCGCAGCGGCCACUCCCUCGAAGCCCUCCGUGCCUUCUCCUCCAUGCGCAAGCUCUCUCUCUACCCAGACCGUUCCACCUUUCCUUGCGCCAUCAAAUCUUGCUCCGCUCUCUCCGAUCUCCAUUCUGGCAAACAAACCCACCUACAAGCUUUUGUCUUUGGCUUCGGAUCAGACCUCUUCGUCUCCUCUGCUCUCGUCGACAUGUACUCUAAGUGCGGCCACUUACAGGACGCACGAACCCUGUUCGAUGAAAUUCCACUGAGAAAUGUGGUCUCUUGGACUUCAAUGAUCACUGGGUAUGUCCAAAACGACAAUGCCCCCGGGGCAUUAUCACUUUUCAAAGAGUUCUUGGUCGAAGAGAGCCAGAAUGAUGGAGGAGACCAAGCGUGUAUAGACUCCGUUGCAAUGGUUUCAGUUCUAUCGGCCUGUUCUCGUGUUUCUGGGAAGAGUAUCACGGAAGGGAUUCACGGGUUUGUCAUAAAGAGGGGCUUUGAGGACGAUUUGGGUGUUGGGAAUACUUUGAUCGAUGCCUACGCCAAGUGUGGUGACGUAGGGGUGUCUAGAAAGGUGUUUGAUGGGAUGAUUGAGAGGGAUGAAGUUUCUUGGAAUUCAUUGAUUGCAGUGUAUGCGCAAAAUGGAUUGUCAGCUGAGGCACUAAAAAUGUUUCAUGACAUGGUCGGAGGUAGAGAUGUCAACUACAAUGCUGUCACUUUGUCUGCUGUUUUGCUAGCCUGUGCACAUUCGGGGGCUCUGCAAGUGGGCAAGUGUAUCCAUGAUCAGGUCAUAAAGAUGGGUUUGGAGGAGAAUGUUUUUGUGGGCACUUCUGUUGUCGACAUGUAUUGCAAAUGUGGGAGAGUAGGGAUGGCAAGGAGAGCAUUUGACCGCAUGAAGGAGAAGAAUGUGAAAUCAUGGACUGCUAUGGUUGCUGGUUAUGGCAUGCAUGGAUGUGCCAGAGAAGCUUUGGAAGUCUUCUACGAGAUGAUUAGCGCCAGGGUCAUACCUAAUUAUAUAACUUUUGUGUCUGUUCUAGCAGCUUGUAGCCAUGCUGGUCUAUUGGAUGAAGGCUGGCAUUGGUUUAGAACCAUGGAACACAAAUUUGGUAUAGAGCCCGGGGUGGAGCAUUAUGGGUGCAUGAUCGAUCUGCUUGGGCGUGCUGGAUUUCUUAAGGAGGCUUAUGAUUUGAUCAAAGAAAUGAAGGUGAGACCUGAUUUUGUGGUUUGGGGUUCUCUUCUUGCUGCAUGUAGAAUCCACAAGAACGUGGAGCUUGCAGAGAUUUCUGCGAGGAAAUUGUUUCAAAUAGACUCAAGUAAUUGUGGGUACUAUGUCUUGCUUUCUAACAUAUAUGCUGAUGUUGGAAGGUGGAAAGAUGUGGAAAGGAUGAGAAUAUUAAUGAAGAAUCAUGGACUGGUUAAACCACCUGGGUUCAGUUUGGUUGAAGUUAAAGGUGGGGUUCAUGUAUUUUUGGUUGGAGAUAGAGAGCAUCCUCAGCAUGAGAAGAUAUACAAAUACUUGGAAGAAUUAACUCUGAAGAUGCAGGAAAUUGGUUAUGUUCCCAAUAUGACAUCAGUUCUUCAUGAUGUUGAUGAGGAAGAGAAGGAAAUGACACUGCGAGUUCAUAGUGAAAAGUUGGCUGUUGCCUUUGGAAUAAUGAGUACAGUUCCUGGCACAACGGUUCAGAUCAUUAAGAACCUCAGGGUUUGUAGUGACUGUCACACUGCUAUUAGGUUGAUUUCCAAGAUUGUUAACCAUGAAAUUGUAGUCAGAGAUUCAAAACGAUUUCACCAUUUUAGGGAUGGGAUAUGUUCCUGUAGGGAUUAUUGGUGAUAUUUGAACAAGAAUAGGAUAAUUUAUGCAAAUGUUUAACUGCAAACUGUUGAUCAUUCUUGACCUCUUCAACAGAAUUGUUGACAGGGAACUGUUUUGAAGACAAUUUUGCACCAUGAUGAGAUGCCAGGUAUAUUUGUCCAAAAAGACGUUUCAAAUGAAUUGUUUUUUGGUUGAGGUAUACUGUAGAAGAAUGAAAAGGAAAAAGUGAAAGAAAAUGAAAGAGAAGUAGCAAUUCAGUUCCUCAAUUUAAUAUGAGUCAUAAAAAAAUUGUAUUGGCAUUUCUUUCAAAUAUUCUGGAUAGAAGUUGGAUUUUAAAUGGAUUGGCUACAUUGUCUUGUGGGGAGUUGAGGCUGACACUGAAGGCAUAUGUAAAAGGGUUUGGUCUGCGUAUCAGCAGUGUUCAAAUUGCUCAGGUGAAAUGUUGGACUUGACAUGCCAUCCAUCUUGACUUUAUCAGAGCUAUGAUUUCCAGUAUGGCUUUCACUGGCUUAUCUAUCUCUACAAAUAUUUCACAAUUUCAAAGGUUAGUGAAAUAGAACAGAACUCGGUAUUAAGUAUUUUUGUUGGAGGAAUUCUCUUUUUUGAUUGAUUGAUUGAUUUAUUUAUUGAUGUUUUUGUUCAAUUUUUACUGGGCAGGCAAAUAUAUAAAUGAAUAUAAUUACCAUUGUGGGAGAACAGUUUUUAACACCUACUAUAUUGAUGUUGUUGGCCUUCUCUAAUCAUUUUAGUGUACAUCUAAAACUUUUCAGUGGGUAAGUCACGCGUGUGUGCAUCAGUGCAUGUGUGUUUGGACAAGUGGGAGAGGAGAGUGAGAGAUACCACCUGAUAAGAGUUGUCUGAAGCCAUUGAGAAUGGUGGGGGACUAAGUCUAUGAGGGCUAUCCAAGCCCCAUGAGACAGAAGUUGACCACAACUACAAGAAUAGUCUAUGUGGUAUGGACCACCACCAGGCCUUGCAAAAAGACAGAUACCACCGGCCUACUUCCUCCAUAGAUCCUUGGGUUGACCUCCCACACUCCUUACUUUUUAAUAAUAAUAAAGCAGAGAGUCUUGUUGUUCCGAGAAUAGGGGCGGCGGACCCAACUUAA